AUGAAACAAGUUUAUGAAGUUUUACUCAAUCAAACAUACAUCCAUACCGCUACCGUUCACAUUGAGGCAGCAUCAGAAGAAGAAGCCAAAACUAUUGCCUGCCAUAUUUCAGACGACGAUCUUGCUUCCAUAGAUUGGGAUUGCGAGCCAAUCAACGGCACCGAAGCAUCACAAGCAAGAGCAUUGGAAGAGGAAGAAGUUGAAGACUGGAACAUCAUCAAUAAAGUUCAAGUUGUCGUGAACUUCCAUCAACGCGGAAAAAAUUGCUAUGUUGUUAAACAGCUUGGAAGAUGGGUCAAGGGCAACACCUACGAACAGCAAAGAGACAACAAGGGCUUUUAUUUAUACUUGAGCGAAUGCUCAAACAUAGAAGAAGCCAGAGCAAAGAUGGAAGAGCUAGGAUUCUUUGAUAUCAAGGAUUGGAACGAUUGA